AUGGGUAGGCCAAGGAAGACCAAAGUAGUUUGGCCUAUUGAUGAAGUCAUCAAGGAGCUAUUGAGUGACUUCGAAGCAACCGAUGGUGAGGAUUCAGACCUAUUCUAUGAUUCUGAUGAGGUCAAAAAAGAAAAAGAAGGAGCGGCCAAUUGGUGGGACAAUGUUGAUUGUAACGGUGAAUUGGAAGGAGACAAUGGUGGGGACAGUGAAUCAUCAAAUGAUGGUCUUUUCACGAAUACAUAUUCCUUCAAGAGGGCACUAAAGACUUAUGCUGUGCAGAACAGGUUCGAUUACCACUACGAACACAAUGACAUGGGUAGGGUUAGUGCAAUUUGUAGAGAAGAGCAUUGCCGGUGGAGGAUUCAUGCCUCUAUCGAUGCUACGAUGAUAUAUAUACAGAUUAAAACAUUCUACCCGAUCCAUAUUUGUGGCAAUCAGUUUGAAAACUCAAGAUGCGAUGUUAAGUACCUUGUUUGUACGUAUAAGAAGGAUUUCAAGGAUGACCCCACGUGGACCCCGUACGCAUUGCAACAGAGGGUUAAGAGAGAACUCAACAUAGAUGUUCCCAUUGAUCGUUGCUAUAGAGCAAAGAAUGAGGCAUUGCAUCAAAUUUUUGGCAGCCAUUCGAAGCAAUAUCGGCUCACAAGGAGAUACGCGUUGGCAAUACUUAGCACAAACCCUGGUAGUAGUGCUUAUGUUCAUAGGGAUGGAGCAUUUUUUCUAAGGAUGUACAUUUGCCUUGAUGCGUGUAAGAAGGGGUUUAAGUACGGUUGUCGGCCCUUGAUUUGUUUAGAUGCUUGUCAUCUUAAGGAGGAAUAUGGGGUGCAAUUACUUUAUGCUAUAGGCAUAGAUAGCAACAACCAUGGGCUUGGAACAGCAGUUGACGUUGUGUUGCCAUAUGCUGAGCAUUGCUUUUGUGCUCGACACCUACAUGUGAACUUCAAAGCGAAUGGCUACACGGGAAAAGCUUUUAAGGAUGCAUUGUGGGGGGCUGCACAGACAGUCAAUAUUUAUGCCUUUGAAGACCACAUGCAGAAGAUAUUGUCAAUGGAAAAAGGUGCACACGAUUACCUUAGUGGUGUACCUAAGGCGUCAUGGUCCAUGCAUGCUUUCAACUGCCAAACCAAGAGUGACAUGUUGUUGAAUAACUUGGCCGAGUGCUUGAAUGCUUGGAUUAAAGACGCCAGGAGUAAGCCCAUUCUAACCAUGAUUGAAGAUAUUCGUUGGCAGAUAAUGGCACGGUUCCAACAAAAAAUGAAUAGAAUCCGGUUGACUCAAUACAUGAUAUGCCCAAAAAUUCAGAAAAAGUUGGAGAGGUCAAAGAGUGAUGCAAGAAAUUGUAUCAGUCGGUGGCAGAAUGAGCUAGAGUUUGAAGUCGACCACAUAUAUGAUGCACGGCGUAUAGUCAGGUUAGAUCGUCAUGAAUGCACAUGUGGGCGAUGGCAGCUGAAUGGGAUCCCUUGCUCCCAUGCUUGUACUGCAAUUUACAUGAAUAAGCAAAAGUCAGAGGCAUAUGUUAAUGGAUAUUACAAGAUGGACACCUACAUGCAAUGUUAUGCAGCUCGAGUGUAUGGCAUGGAAGGUCCAAUGACAUUGUCAAGUGAUGAUCCAUGCAAUGUCAUUCUGCCACCUAUCAUUCGAAAGGCUUCUGGUCGACCAAAGAUUGCUAGGAAAAGAGCUGCAAAUGAGCCGAUUAACCCCUACAAGCUAACCUGUAGUGGAUAUUUGGUGAAAUGUGAAAAUUGUGGGGGUUUAGGCCAUAAUUACAAUGUGUGUUUGGUACCUUUAAAUCCAGAUAGGAAAAGGUGGAAGCCAAAGAAAUAUAAGCCAACAAAUGAUGCCACUCAAGCACAGGGAUCCCAAGGUCAACCCCACGUAGAAGCAGCUGUUCAAGGAUCAUCGCAAGCAAGUGUUCAUACACGUAGGGCGAGUCAGUCACAAGAAUCACAAGGUCAACCCCAUGUAGAAGCAGCUGUGCAAGGAUUAUCACAAGCAAGUGUUCAUCCACGUAGGGUGACUCGAUCACAGGCGGAAGCAAAAGCGGGGUCAUCACAGCAUAUUGAUAAGGCUACAGAUAUAGAAGGAUAG